AAAGUACAAGAGAGUGCAACACACGUUCCUUUCAAUUUCUAAAGCGCACUGCUGUCGAGAAGAAACAAUGCAACAGAAGUUCCCUUGCUCAAACCGCGCUGUUUACAAGCGAGCUGUGCAAAUGGACGCAUUUUGACGGUCCUCAAGAAUUAUGAGCGCUUAGGAGGAGGAGAGCUGGUCGGGCGUAGCUGCUGUUCAGCGUCAGGCACGAUUUUGGCACGGAUGGCGCGUGGGACGUCGGACCGUCCUAGGCCUCGCCUUGCAGCUGGCGAGCUGCUCCAGCAAUAUGUACUUACAGUAGCCUUGCUGCUUCUGGCGUACUGGAGCGGGGAAGUCGGUGCGGCCAGCGGCGCUGGUGGUUCGCAUAGCUCGGCGGUUCCCGGAGGGGGCCGCUCCAGGCUCCACUUCCCGUUGCCCGCCAGCGCUGCGGCGUGCCCCUCCUUUGCGCGCUACACGCGGCUGCAUCGCGCCGCGCUGGGGCAGCUAGACCAGCUGCCGGGGCUGGUGUCGGGCUACAACGCGCGCCAACACGGGGCCGGCGCCGUGCUAGAGGGGCCGCGCUACACGCACAGCCACCGCCACGCCAGCGGCACCGCGGCCACGCGACCGCUGGCCACGGGCGCAGGCACCGGGCACCACCGGGAUCGGCAGCUGGCUACCGCAGGCUCGGCUGCCGCUGCUGCUACCGCUGCCGCCGCCUCUGACGCGGCGACGGGCAGUGAGGGCAGCACCAACCCCACCGCCGCCACCCCAACCAGUCUGUCAGCUCCCUCGUCGUCGUCGUCAUCAUCGUCGUCAUAUCAGCAGCAGCAGCCCCGGUCAAAGGCACGCUGGUUGGUCACGCUCGACCCAGAUGGCAUCGCUGACCGGCUGGUCAACGCCGUGUCCAGCUUCUACUUCGCGCUGUUGACCGACCGCGUGCUGUGCGUGCUGCCCGCCUACGACCACGGCUACCAGCCCGGUCUGGAGGCGGCGUUUACGCCCGGGCCCAACAUAGACUGGACGUGCGGCCGCCAGCCGUCCGCGGCGGAGCUGGAGCGGCGGCAGGAGCAGGCGCAGGAGCAGCCGCAGGAGCAGGCGCAGAAGCAGGGGGAGCAGGGGGAGGGGGAGGAAGGGGAGCAGGCGCAGGAGGGUAGUGGGAGUGGCGCUGGCGGCAAGCGAACAACGGCGGCGGGCAAGGCUUCAAAGGCAGGGAAGGCGGCGGCAGUGGCUGCGGACUCGGGGCCAAAGGAAGCUGGCGACGCGGGUGAGGGCGCGGUGCGGCGGCUGGCGAGUACGGGCCGUUUGCUGCUGCAGCAGCAGCAGCAGCAGCAGAGGGGCCGACGGGUGCUGGCUGACGAGGUUGCUGGCGAGGAUGCGCAGGCAGCCGACUCGGUCGAGGAGGAGGAGGAAGAACAAGCGGAAGAGGCACAGGCGGCGGACGGCCAGGGGCAGGCAGUCUCGGAGGACGAGGAGGAGGAGGCUGCGCAGCAGGAGGAGGAGGAGGCCGCCGCCGAGCCGCCAGGCCUGGACCCGGCGCCGCUGCCCCCGCUGGUGGACACCAGUGACGUGGCCUACUGGAAUCCAACCGCCGACGAUGCCUGGAUGGAUCCUGGGUUCCCCAUUUACACCCAGUUCGUGCGCAGCCACCUGGACCGCAUCGGGCCGUACAAUGCCACCACGCUCGUGCUGCGCAUGCACCGCGGCAUCAGCGUGGCGCUGUUCAACAACCCGCACCACCGCCGCCAGAUGGAGGGCAUGGGGCUGCGGCCCGACACCGCCUUUGGCUGCGCCAUGGCCUACCUGUUCGGCAGCCUGAACGCGGCGACACGGGCGCUGGCGGCGGCCGAGCCCAGGCUGCACGGCAUCAUGACGGAUGAGUCAGCCAUAAAGAUUGGGAUCCAGAUCCGACUGGGUGACGCCAAGAUCCUGGCGCAGCUGCAAGGCGACAACCAGACCGCUGCGCUGGACGACGAGGCUCGCAAGGUGGUUGACGGCUUCCUGAACUGCGCCGCCACCCUAGCCGCCAGCGUCACCGGGCUGAGCGGGCCGGAGGGGCCGCAGCCCGAGACCGGCCACCAGGCGGCGGGCGACCGCGUGGCGCCGGGCGACGUGGCGGGGCUGCAGCAGCUGCUGGCACACGGCGGGACGGAGUACGACCACUUCAGGCAGCAGCAGGAGCAGCAACAACAACAGCAGCAGCAGCAGGUGGAGGGAGGUGCCACAGCAGCAGCGCCCCCUCCCCUGCGGCCGGCCGCCCCACCCGCCGGCCCUCCGCUGCGCAUCUACUACUACCUCAUGACCGACACACUGGCGGUGCGGCAGGUGGCGCUGGAGAGGUUCGGGGACGCGCUGCUGUUCCCGCCCCAGUCGACAGUGGAGUUCUACCAGCACGUCACAGACGAUGGCCUGCGCCGCACUGUACUGGAGCACUGGUAUUUCAGUCGCUGCCAUCACCACGUGAUUACGGGCCACAGCGGCAUGGGCCGCACAGCCGCGUUUGGCUCCCUGCGGCCUGGGCCCAGGCUGUACAGCAUGGAGAUCGCGGACGGCACGCGCAUGGCCGGCCGCGGGUGUGAGUUGUGGGAGGCGGACAGGCCCAUGGAUGUUUACAACACCUGGAGCGGGGUUUGAUGCUGUUGAUGGGGAGUGGGGUCUUGCUGGAGGAGGGAGCGGCAAGUAAGCGUGUAAUGGUCUAGUGCGCUCAGGGGACGGAAGUCCCGUUGUCCAGAGGAGAAAGUCGGCGCGGAUUGGUAGGCGCAGCUUGCUGAGUGUGACACAUGAGUAGACGACGGUGGCUGAACGCAAAUGUUUUCUAUAGCAGGAUGAUGGAUGCAUGGCGGUGCGCGGGGGCUGGUGCCGUGGUGGGGCCGCCGUGUCGAGGCGUGUGCACUUGGCACUUGGCAGCGUCCCCUCAGCCUAAGACCGGGACCUUUGGAAGCGACUACGCUGAUAAGGUAAACAUACCUAUAAUAUUCG